AAGAAGUAGACGAAAACGUAGAAAGAGUGGUUACUUUUUGAAACAAGUAUCUACCGCAUUUACGAAGAUAAAUAAAGAUUCAACAGAGUGUGUUCCUAUGAAGUGAACUAUUCGUAAAAAUAAACGCAUUGCAAUUAUAUCCUAAUGUUUGUCCCUAAGCUUGUAUACAAAUAUUCCAACAAAACAAUUUUGAAAAAAUGUAAAGUAUGCAAGAAACUACCGGAUGUAAGGCAUAUAUCCUUUACGAAUCUUCUAAUGUGCGAGUCGAAAAAGGACGAUCCGCAAGAUUCACCUUUAAAAAAACUCUUGGAAGAAUCAUCGACCUUUCAGAACAUUUCUCCAUUAAGCAAAGAACAACAAUGGGCAACGCUACCUUAUACGGAAGACCCCAACACGGCGUUGUCACGAAAACAAGGAGAUUACUUCAAAAACCCAGGAAAUGACCCUCGAGACUCUUCCAUUAUACUUUUUCCAGGUCAAGGCACACAAUAUGUAGGCAUGGCUAAAGAGCUCAUGAAAUUUCCCAUGGCCAAAGACCUUUUCGAACUCGCCAACCACAUACUUGGUUAUGAUUUACUUAAAGUGUGUUUAAAAGGGCCUCAGGAGAAAUUGGACCAGACACAGUUUGCUCAACCGGCGAUAAUGGUUUCUUCUCUAGCAGCUAUUGAACAGCUCAAAGAAGAGCGACCUAAUGCUGUUGCAAACUGUGUGGCUACAGCUGGUUUUAGUCUUGGAGAAAUCACAGCACUUGUAUUCGCCGGUUCUCUUGGGUUUGAAAGAGCUUUACAGCUUGUGAAUAUUCGUGCUGAAGCAAUGCAACUGGCUGCUGAAGCAUAUAAAGGAGGCAUGCUCACUAUAAUGAUUCGACCUGAUAGUAAAUUGAAUUACGCCUGUUUGAAAGCUAAAGAUUGGGCUGUGGAUAAAGGAGAUCCAAUCCCUGAAUGCAAGAUCGCCAAUUACUUAUAUCCAGAUUGCAAGGUUGUGUCGGGUAGUGAAUCG